AUGAAAACCAAUUCAAUGGAUCGCUUAUUUGAUAAUUUGAUGAGAUUAUACUUGACAUUGCUGGCAGAAACUCAAACUAAUCUUGAACAAAUACAAGUUGAUAAAACAAUAAGUGCCAGUAAUCCACAAGUGUUGGAAGAAAACCAAAAAGUUUCCACUCAGACAUCGUACGAAACAUCUAAUGUAGACAAUGAUUCGAAUAAUGUAAUUUGUGAUACAAUCUCGCAAAGCGAACCACUUCCAAGUAAUAGAAACGAAAGCUCAUCUACCGAUCAUACAAACAAUAGGACUGAAUUGAAUUUUGUAAUAGUUAGUGCCUCGACCAUUUCAGAGAAAUGUUAUUCGAAAGUUAAAAGAGGAAGAGGAAGACCAAGAAAAAAUACACUAAACAAUAAUAACAAUACCAACAAAUAA